UUCACACGAAUGACGAAGGACACUUUCUUGGCUUUUUACCAAAUGCAGCCACUUUAAUAUCCAUUCGUGCAGGUGGUGCUUGCACCAUUUAAACUAUUCUAGAAUUUUUAAAAGGAAUUUUCUUUCUCCGGAAUUUCAACUGGAUAUUGGAACAUGUAAUUUUCGCGUGCGCACCGGACACCUGCAUAGUAUUUGUUUUGUGCAACAGAGGUGAAAGAACCGAGUUGAUCAUGGAGAACCGCACUUUAUUCCCAUUUGACAACCAGACUCUUCCGACAUGGACUGAUCACAGUGUCGAAUACAAAAUCGUAAGCAUAUUAUCAGUCCUGCUUAUUUGUGGGAUUGGAAUCAUCGGCAACGUUAUGGUCAUUCUGGUGGUAUUAACAACCAAGCACAUGCGUACGCCAACUAACUGCUACUUGGUGAGUCUGGCGGUCGCCGACCUCAUGGUCCUGACGGCAGCGGGGCUGCCCAACAUCACCGAGAGUCUGUUCGGCCAGUGGGUGUACGGAUACGCCGGCUGUCUCUCCAUCACUUACUUUCAGUACUUGGGCAUCAACGCGUCCUCGUGUUCCAUCACAGCCUUCACCAUUGAACGCUACAUUGCCAUCUGUCACCCGAUAAAAGCGCAGUUUCUGUGCACCCUCUCUAGAGCCAAAAAGAUCAUUGUUCUCGUCUGGUUUUUCACGUCUCUCUAUUGCGUUAUGUGGUUUUAUCUUUCCGACACUAAAGAGGUCGUUUAUGAAAACGCUAUCCUAAUCACGUGCGCCUACAAAGUGUCUAGAAACCUGUAUUUACCCAUAUACUUCACAGAUUUUGCAGUGUUUUAUGUUAUUCCGCUUUUGCUGGCAACUGUUCUAUACGGUUUGAUUGCGAGAAUCCUCUUUCUCAACCCACUCCCGACCGAUCCCAAAGAAAGUAGAAGGUACUGGAGAAAGGAGUCGUCUCUGGGAAACAAAUCCGUGAACUCCAGGAGCUCCUCCAGCAGCACAACUGCAGCAUCUCGGAGGCAGGUGACAAAGAUGCUGGUAGUGGUGGUGAUCCUCUUCGCUGUCCUAUGGAUGCCCUAUCGGACUCUGGUGGUGGUCAACUCCUUCCUCAAGGAGGCCUACCUGGACACCUGGUUUCUUCUCUUCUGCCGUCUCUGCAUCUACAUGAACAGCGCCAUCAACCCUAUCAUCUACAAUGCUAUGUCCCAGAAGUUCCGUGCAGCCUUUCAAAAACUGUGCCAUUGUGGGUCGCAGCGCUCUGAGAAGCCCCCCACGUACAGCGUGGCCCUCACUUACAGUGUCAUAAAGGAGACCUCCAAUGGUGAAAGCCCAGAUCACUUCAACACAGAACAAGAUGACGUCCGCGGAGCUGGCGAAGAGCUCCUGCCUGGAAGGAAGAGGUUGUCAUUUAAAGAAUCCUCACUAGUUAGUGACGACACCAUGGCUUGUGCUUAA